CCCAUCCUGCAAGUUUUGCCCCUUAUAAAGCUACUCACUUGUCUGGGAUCCAUGGCUCUUGAACCUCUCACUCUGAGGUUUUAGAAGCUCAGCAAAGCACCAAAAAAGUUUAGGCCAGAAUAUAUGAUAUGGGUAUGAAAAAGGCUCAUGUGCUUUUGCUGCUGGUCAUCCUGGUUGUUUCAAUUGCAGAGAAACCAUCAGUUGUAGAAGGAAGAACGCUUUCCUUAAUAUCUGGUCAAGGGUACUCAAAGAUUUUUGCAACGCUUGGAGUUGUUUGCAAGUGUUGUGAUGGGGUUGGAGGAAUGAUAACAAUGCACGUGAUAAAGGAUUUGGGGGGAGAGUUAAUUAUGCCGAGUGAGCUGGGCAUUGGGCACUCAUGAGGAGCUUCUUGGGGAUUACAGGGCACUACAAGAAAUUUGUACUGAGGUAUGGCAAGGUAGUUCAACCUUUAAUAACGUUAACAAAAAAGAAGAGGAAUUUAAAUGGACUAUUGUGACACGGGAUUUCAAUAAGUUGAAACAACUCAUUACAUCAAGUUUCAUUUUAACUUUACAAAUUUUUCAGAAGUUUUUGAGGUAAAAUGUGAUGCUUCGGACAGGGGUGUGGGAGUCAUGCUCAUGCAAGACUGAAAGCCCUAUUUUAUUUCAUUGCCAUGUUUAUUUAUUUGUUUAAGAAACGUGUUAGUAAUGGUAUCAGAGCCUUCAAAUUAUUUGAUGCUCAUAUCUUCAGAUUUUAUUGGCUGGACAGCUGACACGCACCUACCGGAGAGACUGUAUCUACAGUCGUCCUUGUCUGAAACAAAGUCACGAACACUUAUAUUUAUUCAGAGCCUAAAGUCUCUGUUGAAUGGGGGGAUAAAUAUGAUAGUCAUUAUAAAUAAAGUGAGUAAGAGCUAUCAUAACAUUAUAAAUACAACUACUACACAAACAGCUACAGAACUUUCUUCAAUCUACCUAAAUUCAUCACUCUUUCUACCAAAAGAAUGUAUCCGUACAGCAGCUCACAAAAUUAACAACCUGAUUCAAUAUACCUAUGUCCCUGAAGAAUAAAAAAUAGAGGAAUAAGUAGUCCCUCUAUUAAGUCCUUACAAUGUUUUCAGGAGACACAAGUCUUUUGCCAAUAAAGUGAAUAGACUCAUUCUCAGGAAAAAAUCACCCACUAAAGAGUAUGUCCAAUCCUCCACAAUGGACUAGUGUGAAAUCAGUGCCUCACCUAAGGAGCAGUAUAUCAACCUAGAGAUUUCUCGAAUGUUCAUAAACCAUUGCAGAGAAGAGGGAUAUACAUCCCUUUAUUUUGGAGCUGUCAGGCUAGUCCUAUCAUUACAUAGUAGGAAAAUUUUACCUGUUUCUGCUAAGAUAGCCUUGUUAGACACCUCCUACAUCCGUUAUGAACAUGCAUUGAUUGCUACCCUCUUAACCACUUUACAUGCUGGAAGUGUUGUUCUUACAAUCUUUCUGAACUACAAUGUUUUCCUGAAAGAUAAAACUCUUCUCACCAGGUUAAAAGUUCAGACCCAAUUGUUUGGAGCUGAACAAGUUGAAGAAGCUCUAUCUGUAACUCUCCACUACUAGAUUAUUUAUAGACUGCAGAAUCAUGCACAUGAUCUGCCAAUUCCAGGUGGAGCCCAUGAUAACAUGCUCAUAGUCGCAAACAGGGAUAAAGAUGAUAUCCCUUCCAUUACUCAAAUUCCAAGACAAAUUUCUAGGGAUGAGUUGAUCAAACUAAUUCCUAUAGAAUGGACAACAGAUUAUGAAAAGAUCAUGCACAACAGUAAAUCGAUUUAGUCUUUUGAUGCUACUUUCAGAAAAUUUGUAGAUGGUUCUGUCACUACAGUCUUUAAAAAACCUGACGCUGGAAGUAAUUUACCAUCCAAAUGUUUCCAAUCUAUGAUGAUCACGCUUGGAGAAGAAGAGGAUAGGAUUCCUAUAUACAGCUUUAAAGCUGAAAGCUGAUGGUACUCCCAUCUAUUCAGACAAGUUCGAUGGACACUUUUAUGUAAGCUUUUAGUAAUAUCUUUAGAAGUUCAGGCUAACGGUAGCCUGAAACCUUUGUCUCAAGCUAAGGAAGUUUUAAAUUGGAAGAGUGAAAACUCCUUAGCUCAGAAUAAGAUCUUGAGAAAGAUGGAUUAAAAAAUGGACAAGAUAGUUGAAUCUGUCUAGAAGAAUGAUGAGAGACUACAACAUCUAUCAGAAAAGCUUCGCAAAUAUUAUAAAGAGUCUCAAAAGCAAGUAGCCAAGUUAGAGACUGAUAUUGCAAAGUUUACAGAAGAAAAAAAAAGGACAGAGAAAUCAGGAGAUUAAAAAAUCAACUGCAAGAAAUGGAUGAUAUUAUUGCAGCCAAACAACAAAAUAGGAAAAUAGAAAUAAAUCUCUUUUUUGUUCCAUCUCCUGUACAAUCAAGUUAUUACUCUCCUUUUAGUCCAUCUCCUUUUUAUCAAGGUACUUCUACAGCACCAUCUUAUUCUUUACUAGAGAUGGAAAUAGGCCAGACCGCCUGACAGGAGCCUGUGGUCUAGCUUUUUUAAUAAACAAAUCAGGCUUAGGCUUUUUUUAAGGCCUGUUUAAGUAAAUAAGUCAGGUCUGAGCUGUUUAUAAAGUCUGUUAGGCCUGACAGGCCGGCCUGUAUAAAUAUAUAUAUGUAUGUAUGUAUGUAUGUAUAUAUAUAUAUAUAUGAUACCAGAUAACCCCGAAGUGGAUCAAGG